CGGAGGGCGCGCGUCAUGGCGGCGCUCGGCUCGCUCCCCGGGACCCCGGACCUGCCCACGCUGCACGCCAGGUUACAGGACUUGCUGCGCUUCCUACGGGGCGCCCUGGCCAUUUCCAGCGCGCACACGGUGGAUUUCUACACCGAGUCGGUGUGGCGGGAGCUGGUCGACCUGCCCCCGGAGAGCGUGCUGGCGGCGCUGAGGGGGCCGGCGGCCGAGCCCGAGCCCGAGCCGCGGGAGGCGCUUCCGCCGCGGGAGGAGGAGGCGGGACCAGGUUUUGUUGAUCUCCCCAAAGUAUUUUGUGAAACAUCUCGGAAGCUGUUGAGCGUGGAAGCCUUUGCUCGGGCCGUCAAACACUACUCUGUGCAACGCUUGGGGCUGUGCACUCCUUUCGAGCAGCUGCUUACAGCUCUUCAAGUAAAUAAAGAACAGAGAACUGGUGAAAAUGUGAAGGCAAUUCAGUUUAUGAACACAAAAAAAUCUCAUGAGGUUCAGGCAAUGGCAGAGCUAAUCUGUAGUAUUGCUGAUUACUGUGGUUUAAAGCAGAUAAUUGAUGUGGGUUCUGGUAAAGGCUACCUAAGCUCCUUUUUGUCCUUAAAGUAUGGUUUAAAUGUCUAUGGCAUCGAUUCCUCAAAUAGUAAUACUCAUGGAGCUAAGGAGAGAAACAGGAAGUUGAAGAAACAUUGGCACCUGUAUCAUGGUCAGACAAGAGAAGAUGCCAGCGGACUGGCAUUGAAACUGCAGAAAGGAAUAAAAGCGGAAAAGGAAGCAAAGCGUAAGGAAAACUGUGAGAGGGCACUGAAGAACAGCCUUGGGAAUGAAGACCUGUCUGCUGGUGCUGCGCCAGAGUGCUCAGAGACGGCAGUUUCAGUUCUCAGAAAACAGCAAGGAAAUCUACGUGCUCAGCCACUUGAAGAAGGGAAUUUGUGUUUUGAAAAUGCCUUUUCUCUCAUGGACUUUCUGCCUAUUGAUGCCGUUGAACCUACUUCAUCACAGGUGCACAAUGCAGAAAUGUCUGAAGUGAGGAAACAGAAAAAAAAUAUGACAUCUAAACCAAGCGACCCAAGUAUUUAUUCACCACUGACCUCUUUUAUCACUGCUGAUUCAGAGUUACAUGACAUUAUUAAAGAUCUGGAGGACUGUCUAAUGGUGGGUCUGCAUACUUGUGGUGACCUUGCACCAAACACUCUGCGGAUAUUUGCAUCCAAGUCUGAAGUCAAAGGAGUUUGCAGUGUGGGCUGUUGCUACCAUCUUUUAUCUGAAGCAUUUGAAAACCAGGAUAAAGAAUAUGCUCAAGAAAACUGGGGAUUUCCAAUGUGCCGCUAUCUGAAAGAGGAGAGAUGGUGCUGUGGUCGCAAUGCAAGAAUGUCAGCAUGCUUGGCAUUGGAACGGGUUGCAGUUGGCCAAGGGCUGCCUACCGAAUCACUCUUCUAUCGUGCUGUUCUUCAGAAUAUUAUUAAAGACAAUUAUGGCAUCACCAAAUGUGAUCGGCACGUUGGCAAAAUUUAUUCCAAAUGCUCUUCCUUUCUGGAUUAUGUCAGAAUGUCGCUAAAGAAGCUUGGCUUAGACGAAUCCAAGAUCUCAGAAGAAAUUAUAAUGGAUUACUAUGAGAAAUACAGGCCUAGAAUGAAUGAGCUGGAGGCAUUUAAUAUGUUGAAAGUUGUUCUGGCUCCUUGCAUAGAAACACUGAUUCUUCUUGAUCGACUUUGUUACCUGAAGGAACAGGAAGAUGUAGCAUGGUCUGCUCUUGUGAAGUUGUUCGACCCUGUGCAGUCCCCCAGAUGCUACGCUGUCAUUGCUCUGAAGAAGCAGCGGUAAUUGUAGCUGAAGCAGGUUGCUAGUAAGCUCUUUGGGGACUUACC